AUGGAGGGUGCCGCCAAAAGAAGUGCUCCCAUAGCAGCGGAAGAUGCUUCAAAAAAAGCUAAAGUGUAUGCUGCUCCAGGCAAAGUAGUCCUGGAAGCAGAUGUGGGCGUCACACAGUACAUCAAUGAGUCUUACAAGACCGGAGGAGGGUUCUAUGGGACCAUCAAGCAGCGGUAUUCUGACUUUCAGGUGAACGAAGUGUCGUUGGAUGGGACAGUUGUGCGUUUAACCGAUGAGGGCAUCGACUUGGGAAAAACAAAGAAAGAAAGAAAACAGGAAAGGAGGCAGACGGAGCGUGCUGAUCUCCAAGAUAAAUCUCCCGAGGAGCUUGAGGCUAUUAAGGCAAAACGUGCUCAGGAGAAAGAAGAGAAACCAGAGAAUGGCGAUGCUUCUUCUCCAAAGUAUGAGCUCAGUGAGGAGCACAAGGCUCGUUUAUUACAGUUGAUGAAGCCUGAGGAGCUUCAAGAGAUUGAAGACCUCUUCACAACUGGUGGCAAUAUGGAAACCAAGACCCAAUUUGACGAUAAGGCCACAAGAACGCAGUUGCAUCAGCUCCUCAGACAAGCAUUCCAAGGCAAAUUGGAAACCAUGACAUCGCCUGAAAACACAUUCAAGGUUGCAUUAUCCAAGGGCACCAACAAUAACAGAGGACGUAACGUCAAUCAUGUGGACGAUCUGGGCGUGAUCAACUACGGCUUGGGCCCAUUCAAGAAUUAUUUGCAUUUCACCCUCUACAAGGAGAAUAGAGAGACGAUGGAAGUAGCCUCAAUGAUUGCCAAGUACCUCAGGAUCCCCCACAAGGCUGUGAAGUACGCUGGUACGAAAGAUCGUCGUGGGGUCACUUGCCAGAGACUCAGUGUCCAUAAGGGCAAGGUUCAAAGAGUAACUGCUCUCAACAAGGGGUUGAAUGGAUCUAUUCUUGGUGGGUUCAAAUAUGAGAGCACAUCUCUUGCUCUUGGAGACUUGAAGGGAAACGAGUUCUUGAUUGCCAUUCGUGAUGUUCAAACUGAGCAGGAAAACCUCGAGGAAGUCGUUGACAAAGCAUUUAAUUCUCUCAAAGAUAAAGGCUUCAUAAACUACUACGGCUUACAAAGAUUUGGAACGUUUUCCAUCUCAACUCAUGUUUUGGGUAUCGAACUACUCAAGGAAAACUGGAAGAAUGCUGUUGAUCUCCUUCUAGCUGAACAAGAUAGAACUGUCGCUGAGUCUGUCGAGGCCCGCAGAAUUUGGGCAGAAAACAGAGAUGCUGCUGCUGCUGCUAAACUCAUGCCUAGGCGUUGCUUUGCCGAGCAAACUGUCCUUAAUACUCUAGCCAAGGAGGAGAGAAUCGACGUCGAUGGAGCUGAGGAUUACCACAAGCAAGCUUAUUUCCGUGCAAUUAUGCAAAUUCCCAGGAAUUUGCGUCUUAUAUACGUUCAUGCCUACCAAUCUUAUGUUUGGAAUAUGGUUGCAUCAAAGAGAAUCGAGCUCUUUGGCUUGGAGGUACGUGAGGGAGACUUGAUCCUUGUUGAGCAAAAGAACCCUGAAAACCAGAAAGUCGUGUCCAUUGAUGAAGAUGGAGAAGAAUUCGAGGAGGAUGUCGCAGGCACUGCUUCUGAUAGAGUUCGUGCACUCACAAAGGAGGACAUUGACUCAGGCAACUACCUGAUCUAUGACGUUGUACUUCCUUCGCCAGGAUACGAUGUGGUGUACCCAACAAGUCCAGAGCUCAUGGCUGUGUACGAGCAGGUGAUGGCGAAAGAUGGCCUUGAUCCUCACAACAUGCGUAGAAGAGUCCAAGAGUUCUCCUUGGCCGGUUCUUACCGACCACUCAUGGGAAGGGCUGAGCAACUUUCGUACAAGAUUGUGAGACACAGAGACAAUGAUGAUCCGAUAUUGCGCACCGACUUGGAGAUCUUGCGUGCUAAGAAGGAAAAAAACGAAGACCUAGAAAGAGUGAUAGACUGCUCGGGCACCGAAGAUGCAACUCAGACAGCCAUAGUCUUGAAGAUGCGUUUAGGCGUAAGUUGCUACGCUACCAUGGCACUCCGAGAGUUUAUGAAGGCCGACACUAGUCGAUUCAGUGCCAAUUUCGAUGUCAAAUCGAACAAGUAA